AUGACGAUGAAAUUACUGAUAUGUUCUGGCCUCCAGAAAACUGGCCCGAAAAAGGAUCAAGACUUUGAAUAUGAUGAUGCAGUCAGAGGUUUGAAGAAAGCUGAAGAUAACACAUCCCUUGAAACAGAAGCAGAUAACGCCCCACGAAGGAGGAAGCCACCAAAGCGAUACAUUGAUGAUUCUGAUGAAGAUAGUGAAGACAAGGAAAACACUUUACCAUCUCGAAAAGAAAAAGUUUAUCGCAAAAGUAAAAUUAGAAAACUUAGUGAAAGUAGUAGUGAUAACGGCAGCGAAACUUUGCCUGAAAUCAACUCUGAUGCCUUGAAGGCAGUUAAAGAUAGUAUCCAUCUGAAUCAAGUGCAAGAUAAAGAGAUGGAGAAAGUGACCAGAAAAGAAUCUGUGUUAUCUGUUCAUAAAAAUAUCGAAUUUAGAGUCCAGAAAUUUCAAGACAAUUCCAGCCAAGAUAGUGAGCGAAAGCAAAGACAACUGCAAAAGAUUCGCGGUAAUCAAUCUCAAAGUAAUAUUAAGAAGCACGAAAAACAGCAGGAAAUGGAUCAUACCAAACAGAAGUUUUUGUCAGUAUCAAGCAAGGACCAUACAUCUUUGAAUAGUAAAACUUCUACAAUUCUCUCUCCACCUGAUUUUACAAGUGAUGAUGCUCAAGACUCUCUUUCAUUACACUCAAUGCGGAUAAACAAUCCUGAUAAAGGAUCUUCAUGUUCGUUGGUACAGACUUCUGCUGGAUCAAGUUCUGGUACAAAUGAAGAACAUUUUUCUUUGCCGAAUACAAAGGCUAAUCAAAGUUACUCCUACAAUUUUAAGAAUAAAGGUGAUGGCUGCAAACAUUGUCACAGUGAAUAG